GCAAAGCACUGCCAUAGCAUUCAAUACUGCUGCUUGUUUGUCUGGCUCCUGGUAUGCUUCUGUAGGUAGGAAGUACACUAUUUGUGGUCUUUGGCUCAGUCCCUGUCAAGGAUUCCUUCAUCACUAUCACACCUCAACUUCCCAGAAUUUGCAAUGUUCGGAACUGUGGUCAUUGGGAUUGGAAUUGCUGGAUCUGUGCGGAUCAGGGACUUGCUGAAUCCUUUGCCUUCCAGUCCUGCAGAGCAUCUUAAACUGUUGGGCUUUGUAUCAAGGAGAUCUCUAGGUAAUGUUCACAAUGUCAAGCAAAUUAGUCUACAAGAUGCUCUGGACAGCACAGAGGUCCAAGCUGCCAUCAUCAGCACAGAUAACCGAAACCACCACGAGAGCAUCAGGAUGUUCCUAGAGGCCGGGAAACAUGUCCUUGUUGAAUACCCUAUGGCGCUGUCUGCAAAGGCAGCACAUGAGCUCUGGGAGAUGGCAGAGCAGAAAGGUAAAAUCCUCCAUGUGGAACAUAUUGAACUACUGACCGAGGAGUACAAACAGCUGAAGAAAGAGGUGGCAGGGAAAGAGCUUGUAAAGGGAACGUUACACUUCACAGGGGGCCCACUGGAUGAAGAACAUUCAGGGUUUCCAGCUUUUAGUGGAAUUGCCCGCCUGACUUGGUUAGUUGAUCUCUUUGGGGACCUCACUGUCACAUCAGCUACAAGGGUAGAGCAGAAAGAGAAAAAUUACUCCAGAAUGACGGCACAUUUUCAGACUGCAAACAAGAGGCCUCUGACUUGGAUUGAAGAAAGGGCACCAGGAUUGAAACGGAACAAGAUGAUCAACUUCUGCUUCAAAAGUGGAUGCUUAGAGGAUCUCCCUCAGGCCCCAAAUUCAUCAGUGGGCCUCUUCAUGCAAGACCUGAUCCUCUUUGCCAAAAAACUGUUGGGGCAGGUCUCCAAAGAAGAUCUGGCAGCUGAGAAAAGACGAAUUCUGCACUGCCUCAACCUUGCUGAAGAGAUUCAGAUGCAUUGUGAGCGGCCGGCAAAGCUCUACUCUUGAAACUGCUUGAAAAUAUGAAAAUGGCCACUUACAACUGCCACUUCUUGUACUGCAAACCUUUUUUUACAGUGUUCUUCUAAUUUGCUAGCCUUUCAUUAUAAUCAAUCAGGUUUUUCUAACAAAUCUGGGCCAUUUCAAGCAUUCUUUGUUCAUCACAGGUUUGUUUUAACCUGUUGAAACAGAACAGUAUAUGAAUAAUUGUCCUGCCUGAGAAUGUGACAUCUUUCUAAUCAUAAGCUAGUGAACAAAUAGAUUAAUGCAUCACUUCUGCUGGAGAUGGAACAGGAGUAGUAUGCCUUUUUAACAAAUUCUAUUUUCCUAGGACUUUCUUUGGGUUUCCUCUACAUAUCCAUUUUAUCUCCAAAAUAUGGCUAUGAAACUUUCAGAUUAUGCCAUGACUUUUCGGUUUAUUUAGUGUAAAAUCUAAAUAGGCUUUGACUUACUGCACAUUGCUUAGCCUUUUGUCGGGUUCUCCUCAAUGUAAGGGUGUGUGCCUGCAAGUCCCUCUCAUGUCUGAAAGCUACUUCUGAUGGCACAACUUAUGCCAAAGAUAACAGUCCUGACUAGGUUUUAGGUUUUUUGCCCCCACCUACAUAAUGUUUAAUCAGACCUAUUCGUGCCAUUUCCCCAGUUCUUCCAUAUAUACUUCACUGUUCCUGUGCUGUAUCUGACUGUGCCGGGAAGUGACGGGAGAGCUCUGCAUGGGGCUGUUUUUUUGUGGCAGCCAUUUCUCACCUUUCCCAGAGCUGGUGUUUAUAAAAUGCACAGCUGUAUCUCAAUUUUAACAUGGCCUAAAGUCCCAAAGUUGCCUUCUGACUGGGCUUAAGUUUAUUUAACUCCCUUAUGCAGAAUUGAAAUGUGAGAUUCCAGGAGACCAUCAUGUGAUCUAGGUUGUUUCUUUCUUGGAACUAAUUCAAUCGUAAUAUAAUAAAGCACAUUGUGAGGCAAGGCGUACUCAGCAUUUUUUAUGAGAGUGCCUCCAGUUGGCAGUAAGUAGGAAUGAGCCCAUCAGCCAUCUUGAUUAUUUCCAAGAUGCACCACUAAUUUGAUAAAUAUCCAGUGUCACCAUGUGGGUACAUAUCUGUAAGAAUUGCCAUGCAACAUUGUUCAGAUAGCCUUGCGACUACUCUAUCAGAUACUAAAUAUGAGUGGCUCUUAGUGGUUUGUCUGUCCUUAGUUUCUCAUAGAAUCAGACAGAAAACUCUACUACUGUGAGAUCUGAAUUUGAAUGUAUCGAACCAGAUGGUAAGAAGCAUGUAUGAAACACACUGAAACUCUUGGCAUUAAUACAUGUCAUUACAGUGACUGUAUAGACAUGUGAGAUCUAGCUACGUGCUAAAAAUUGAGAUAAUAUCCUUUAGCUCUGAACUUAGUUUUGGUUGUAGUGUGUGAAUGUUUUGUUUCCAGAAAGUAAGAGGGAGAUUGAUUCCCUGUUCCAAAGUACACUGAACCAAGAUUGUAUACAGAAAUGUCUAAGACUGUGCCUUUUACUUUGCAUGGUACUAUGUUAUUUAUGCCUAUUACAGCCUUGCUUCUAGUUUGUGUAAGAAACACAUCUUCUUUAAGUGCUAUCAUUAAAAUAAUCUUUUUCAGAGAAAGUAAAUUGCUCAGUUCCAUUUGGUGCUCUAAAUAAGAUGCUAUUUCAGGUCCUUUUCACAGGCCUCUGUCAGUGCACCAUUCCUAACUACUAUAUUACACUUUUGAGCAUUAUAACUGCCAAACAGGAGCUUAAUCGUACAUUUGUGAACGUUGGAAGAAAAUCUUCCAGUUCAAUUGAGUUUGAACUCAAAAUACAUGUAGUUACAAGCUGAAGAUCUGUGGGCAUCAUAAAUGAUUUUGUGUCUGUGUAGUUAUUCUUUGUUUUUGACUGUCUUGCACCUCAGAAGGAGCUGCACACCUCUUCGUAAAGGGAGUAGGUACAUUCUGUCACUGUCAGGUGGAAACUGAUCUUUGAGACUGCUGUGCCAAGGAAGUAUAGUGCCUGCAAAGCUCAGAACAACCCUGCCUCUUAUGUAGGAGUAAAACACUGAAACUACAUUAAUACUAGGCUUACAUUUUGCCUUGCUUCUAAGACCAACCCAAGUCAUUUUCAUGCCAAAUGGAAAAAUCAGAAUAGUACCCACUUUUCUCUGCAAAGUUCUGUUCAAGUCUCACUGAAAAGUUCAGUGAUGUUCCGCUCAGUCUCCCACUCUGUUGGCUUUACCUGUGCCCAGGUCCUCUGCCUCGUGUUAAGGCAAGGUUACUUCUGCUUGUGACUUGAGCAAGAGCCUACCUACAUUGUUGUAUAGACAAAUGUCUCCUUAAAAUGCAUUAACUGAAACAUCCUUCAUUGGAGCAUCUUUAGCUACUCUCUUCAUUCACUGGAAUGGUCUACAGCUGUGCAGACAGCGAUAUGAAAACUGCAGACUAUAAUUCUCUGUUGCAGAAAAUUCCAUAACCUAGAAGGUAUGUUUUGGAGAUGAGAGAUGUUUCUUCAUGCUGAAAACUCUAAAUUCCUAGCACACAUAGUAUAUGCCCAAGCAGAUUCUGCUUACAUUUUUUCCAAAUGGCCAAAAAUAGUACAACCCCCGCCCCCAUAACUACUUUUUAUAGAAUCAAAGUGAGAGCCAUUAUCUGAAUUAAUUUCACAAAAGGAGUUGGGAAUUUCCAGAAUAGAGUUUUCCCACAUAACCCUUCUGUCCAGGCAUGAAGAAAAUGGGUUUUCCUGUUUGGGAAAUUUGACUUGUUUUUCCACAAUAACUUUACAGUGUUUGAGUUGGAUCCAACCCUUCAAUCCUAUACACAUUCACAUAUCCCAGAUAAGCGGAUAUAGGAUUGCAGCCUAAUUUAGUUGAACUUAAAAUCAGCUGACUUGGUCUGGUCCCAAGCUGUUGUAUUUUGAAAUAAUAUAAUUUUGUAAAUCUCUAGAAGGUCAGGGCCUCUUAAUGUAUAUGUAGGUUUAUAUAUGUGUGUAUAUGCAUACAUAAAUGAUAUAAAUAGAAAACAUCCAUGGAAUUGUGCUGUAAGGCACUCAUGUUGAAUGUUGUUAACAGCUUUGGAGCAAGAGGUAUCCUUCUCUAGUUUAGCAAUGCCUUUUAUUGUUCAGAUAGAUGAGAGUGAAAGAGCUUUAAUGGCCAGCUCCACAUUAUCAUGCUUGCUUGCUUUUUUAAAUGACUUCAGUGUACCCUGUUUUCUUUAAAUACUUUGUUCCAUGAUGCCAUUCUCAGAAACAUGGCUUGGUUGAUGUACUGUGCAAUAAUAUAUGUUGGCAAUAUUGUAUAUGCUGCCUUGACUUUAUUAAAGUUAUCUGAGCUAUA